GUUUCUUUCGGGGUUUAAUGACUGGAGGAUAACCCGAGGCGUGCCGCUGGUUUCCGAGUUACUUCCGCGUUUGGUCCGGUCGGCGCAUACCGCGGAGGGCCGCGGUCUGAAAACGGAGUUUUCGUCAAGUUUCACUCGGCCGAACCAGGGUUAAAUGCUGGAUGAGACUGAUUAAAUCUAUGCUAUUGCUUUGAGUGAGUUUGGAGGCAUGGCUGACGGGAGAGGAGAGGAGAUCAACGAGGCCGAGCCGCGGGGCGCCGCGGGCGGAGAAGAUGUCUUCGACGACCCCAUCUUGGAGCAAGGCGCGGUGGUGCUGCGGGGGUACGUGAUUGAGCGCAUAAACACGGCCGAUCCGAGUCGGCACGUCUGCUCCGAGGAUCUGGGAGGAAGGCCAGAUGAACAACAGGAUCCACAAAUCAAAGAAGUGGUGGAGCAGCUGCUUAAAAUAGCCGAGGAGUUGAACAGGAAUGCGGAGUUCCAGCGACUGAUCAACCAGGUUCAGACUAACUGUGUUAAAGACGUCUUCAUGAGUGUGGCCCGAAACAUCUUUGCUGAUGGGAUCAACUGGGGUCGAGUGGUGGCGCUCUUCCAUCUGGCCUACAGACUCAUUCACAGGGCUCUGACCACCAACCACUUGGAGAACAUCCGAAUGGUCAUCGGCUGGGUUCUCCAGGUCAUCCGAGACCAGCUUUACUCCUGGCUAGUGCAGCAGGGAGGCUGGGCGGGGGUGAUCAAUAGUAUUUCACGAUGGAGGACAAUAGCCAUCGCAGCAUCGGUAUUGUUGGUGGUGGCCUUUGUUUACUACAGGAAAACACGCUGAGAGUUGGCCAGCCCCCAAAGCAGGGCUGCAGUCUCAAAGACUUUACCAACCACACUCACUCCACGGCCUUUAAGCCCACCGAGAGGAGGCCAAGAAUUGUGCUUUGAGGUCCAUACCUUGUUAUUUCUCAGGUUUCCCAGAAUGAAAAGGGGCUUUUGCGAGUAGCUACACAAAGUAUCUGUUUUCCCUCACCAGCGAUUCAUCAGUGCCUUCCACACAUGUUCGACACUCAGUCUAACACGUUGAAAGCUCUCAGCCAUUAGAUGGCAGCAGGCCUCAGCAGGCGGCCAUGUUUAUGGACAUUAAAGACACCGUAACUCAUUACAGUGGCUCAGGACCCAACCUGCCCCUAUGUCAGCCACAAAGAGGAAAAUGUAGCAAAUAUUCAGAUGGGACCUUUGACCUUUUUAGGGAAUAAACACAGUGUAAAGGCUUACCUAUGUAUUUGACCUUAAUGCAAACCCUGAAACUUAUGCAAGGUAUGAACUUGAAUGUGGUCAAAUGUUAAAAUUACAUACGUUGUGGCCCAUAGUCAUGUUGUUUUUGGUAUUUCUGAAGUCGAUGUGAACAGCCGUGUUUGCAUAAAUGGCGAUGGCAUUUCCUUCUUACAUUUUUAGAACUCUUUUCAUGUUCCCUUUAUUUUUAUUCUAUUUUUCCAAAGUACUGGUUGUAUCUCAGGUUUAACCAAAACAGUCCCUAGGGCAUAAUUUUUCGGAAGUACGAAGAUAAUUUCACCCAACUGGUUUUCUGUCUUUAGCUUGUUCUUCCUAAUGCAAAAGGACUAAAUUAAAUUUAAAUGAUAAAAGCUUGUUUUUUGUAGUAGAUGUCAUUGUUUCAAAAAGGGCAAACUGUAAAGUGCAUGGCUUUGAAAAGACUUUUAUACGGCACAUAGGGUAACCAAAUAUGUUUUAACUUAAAUGGUUUGGUUAAUUUAAGCUUCAGCAUGUCAAAAAAAUACAAAGGUCAUUGUAUUUAUGUUGUGCAACAGGUACCUCAGAGUGGGGAUUGUCUUUCCUAAUCCUGUUUUUAUGUACGCUGGCCUGGAACUGUUGGGAGUGUCAUAUCCUACAAUCUCCAUCUUCACAGAACUACUUUUAAACUGGAGGUCUUUACUGUCUGAAAAAAAAGGAUUGAAUAAAAUAAAUAUGUAAAUAUAUUUAGAAAUUAUAGAGCAGAGGGAGCAAACCCAACAAUCAUUGUUAUGGUUGUUUUGUCUUGCUAUUCUUUGUCAAAACAUCUGAAAUCUGCUCUUUUGUCCCACUUUCUCUGGGGAUUUCUUGAGGUUGGUAGUCACUUUUUGUCGCUGAAAAAUGUGCGCCGUGCCUUCUACUGAAGUUCUGAAUGAGCCACAAACCCACACUAUCACUGGCUUCUGGAGCUUUUAAUUAUUUAAAAACAUCACGUUUUAUCCCAAAUCCUGAUCAUAAUGCCCUGGUUGAUUUCCCCUUUCUGACUUUCUAAAUGGACUUGUUUUUAAACUACCAACUACCAACAAGUGUGAAAUGGAACUACAUGCAUAAUGUCUAAUACUAAUGCAUUUUCUUAAUCCUGUAUGAAUAAGAUCAUUUGUGAUUUUUUUUCCCUACCAGUUAAGUUCCCUGUGUUCCAGUUGAGAGUUUUUAAACCAAACUGACUGCACUUUAACAGGAGAUAAUUUGUUAAAUGUGGUGAAUAUCUUGACAAAUGACCAGAAACUCGUUUUAGCUUAAUACAUUUCUGUGGGGGGGUGAGUCUUUAGCCAGAUCUUUACAUUUAUUUGUUUUCAGUGAAGUGAUGUCAAGUGAAAAUAGGAUGUGGUCAAAAGACACAUUUAUGUAUUUUUUCUUAAAAUGGUGUAUAUUUUGUAAUUUGACUAAGAUACAGCGUACAUGUUGGAGAUUUUGGGGGGAAUUAAAACACAAAUCCAUAAUAACCUGAAAAAAUGAAUAGGCUUUCAAGAUGGCUGCUCCUGUAGUUUGGAGCAGCCUCUCUUCUUGUGCCAGAUGUAGAUUAAAGAAAAAUAAAAACUUCAAUGUUUUUUUUUUGUUUUGCAUGUCAUACAUCAGGACUUCUCUGACUCUUAACCUCUGAAAUUCUGUUGAUGUUUGCUGACAAUGUACUUUGCUUCUUCCAGCGUCUCCUGUUGGUGUGCAUUUAUAGACAUUUCUGUAUGUGCUGAUAGUCCUAUUUCAUUUUUUAUUUUUUAAAAUCAUUUAAAAAAGUGCAGAA